GGAGUAGCUUUGUUCCUGUUAUUCUUUCUCGCAAAGCUGGGUUGAUCUAACAUCCAACGAAGCAUGUUCGUCCUUGAUGGGGGAGCAUAAGCUGUUUUUUUUUUUUUUUCCCUUUCUUUUAUAAGUAUCAAGCACAAGGCAAGGGAAGUUGCAUGUCAAAUCUCUAUAGCACAUCUACAGAGAACUAAAGCAUCACGAUGAUACUUGAAUAACUUAGCUUCCCUCAGCAAUUGGUACCUUCUAGUUUCAUCAUGACCGAAAAGUGAAAUUGCUGAUUUCUUCUUCCGGAGAGUUUCAGUUGGAGUUUCAAGGGCUAGUUGCGGGUUUCAUGGACAUUUUUACGUAGCCUGACCUCUCUUGAACCGCUAAAGAUGCAACCUGUUGCAUCUGGUGAUACGUAUUUGUUCUUAGCCUAUUAACGUAUCGUUUGGCGCCUAUUCCUCAUUGAAUAGGUUGGCAAGAUAUGUUUAGUAAUCUCUUGAUGUAAUAAGUACUAUUUCUUUUUCCUACAUAUUUACCAACAAAAAAUAUUCUUUAUUGGCAAAAGAAACAAAGAACAAAUAUCUAUGGAAAGACAGUGAAACAAGGAAAAAAUUUCAGGCGUCAAUGUCAAAAUGAGAAGAUAAUAUCUAUAAAGUGAAAAGAUUUGUGUAAAAAGCUGUGCUAUGGUUUUGUUGCCUUGAAUGAGCAUUUGCAGAUUCUAUCCCCAGUUACCAUUUACUCCAUCAACCACCCUUCAAUUGACUCUUCCUCUAAACCUAUUUGCAGGUUUAGAACACAGCAAGUGUACUCACUUUUUACAACAACAAUGCUUUUCUUGUCUUUUUACUCUCUGUGACAUGUGCUGAUACGUCCGCAGAAAGAAAGAACAAAAAAUCGACACGGAAAACCAAAAUUUGUCUUGCAUGCAUUUACAUGCACUCUUUCUUUUGCAUGGCCACUGGAUAAUGGUCUCCCCUUCUUCCUCUCAACACUCAAGCCCAAACCCUAAAGUUUCUAACUAACCUUUCCUCUUUAACCACCUUCCCAACCAUAAAUCUUUCAACUGCCACUUACUUUUUACCAUUUCAAGAAAACGAUUCAAUGAAUCUGACAAUAACUCGUUUUUUUUUUCUAUUAUGGAAAAACAAAAGAAACAAUUUUUAUCAUGGGUUCAUAGUAAAAACCGUAUAAAGGGUCAGUCUUCCUUCCUUUCUCUUUCUAUACAAUACAGCUCAAUCUCCUCCUACUCUGUUCCUAUAUUUACUGCAAUUACUAUUAUCAUACUUCCACAGUAUUGAGACGUGUGCUUGGGUCUUGUGUUCUCUGCCUCUAUAUUGCUUUCCUUAGUUUUCAUAGCCACAAGGAAGCUAGUGCAAGUUCUUGAGUUUUGCUUCCUCACUUUGCUUCUCUUUUCUCUUCACUGCUGCUACUGCUCUGCUACUAAUACUUCUCUAUCAGUGGUUUUGAGAUGAAGCCUAGGAGAACAACCAGAAGAUCCGAAAAACCGUAUGUUCCCCACCAAAAUCUCACACUUCCAAUGUAGGAUCCAAGUCACAUAUCUUCCAAUUUAGCACAUAACAGGUUUUCUCCAGGGUCUCAUCUAAUAUUUUUGCACCAAUUUGGUGGUCUUUCCUUAUGCUUUUCCCUCUGGUUUCUGUUUCUUUUGGCAUAUAGAUCUUCUGUUAUUUUACAUGUAAGGUCUUUUAUAUUGAUCAGGAUGUUCGCCUGGGCUCAACCCAAUCCAAGCGCAUUCGCUCUGAUUUCCUCUGUUAUCGUUCUGUUUUCUUCUAAUUAGUUCUAAAGAACUUUUGACAUUUUUCUAACCAUGAGGCGUGUUUUCCCCCCUAAGAAAGUCAUCUUGGUGUUAUUAUGUUUGUUGGUUUGGUGCUCUGGGGAAACAGAAAAUGCUGCAGCCCCAAUGGAGGAAGGGGAGCAAGCAUCACUGUACUCUGCCAUACAGGGAUUUGUUGGUAACUGGUGGAAUGGCUCAGAUCUCUAUCCAGAUCCCUGUGGUUGGACUCCUAUACAGGGAGUCUCUUGUGAUAUCUUUGAUGGGCUUUGGUAUGUGACUUCCUUGAGCAUUGGACCUAUUAACGACAACUCUCUUGAUUGUGCCUCAAAUGCCGAGUUUAGGCCACAACUGUUUGAGCUUAAGCACCUCAAGUCUCUAUCGUUCUUCAAUUGCUUUAUGUCACCCUUCAAACAUCCCACCACCAUUAAUGGCAAAAAAUGGGAAAAACUUGCAGAGAACUUGGAAAUAUUAGAGUUUAGAUCGAACCCUGGUCUUAUUGGACAAGUUCCUGAUAGUUUCAGUAGCCUAGUUAAGUUGCAGUCUCUAGUGCUACUUGAAAAUGGUCUGACAGGCGAAUUGCCACGAAAUGUAAGUAAAUUAGCCAGCUUGAAGAAGCUAGUUCUUGCUGGUAACUGCUUUAAUGGUAAGAUUCCAGAUAGUUUUGGUGGAUUAAGUGAGCUGUUAAUCUUGGAUUUAAGCAGGAACUCACUAUCUGGGUCUUUGCCUUCGAGUUUUAGAGGCCUUGUCUCCCUGUUGAAACUUGAUUUGAGCAACAAUCUGCUAGAAGGGAACCUGCCAUUAGAGAUUAGUUAUCUGAAGAAUUUGACACUUUUGGACCUAAGAAACAACAAAUUCUCUGGUGGGUUGACAAAUUCACUUCAGAAGAUGGAUUCCUUGGAAGAGAUGGCACUGUCAAACAACCCAAUUGGCGGAGACCUCCAGGCCAUAGAGUGGCACAACCUACAGAAGUUAGCUAUUUUGGACCUCUCUAACAUGGGCUUGACAGGUGGCAUCCCUCUGUCUCUUGCUAAGUUAAGAAGAUUGAGAUUUUUGGGUCUUAGUGACAACAAUCUCACAGGCAAUCUCUCACCAAAGCUAGCAACUUUACCUUGUGUCAGUGCGCUCUACAUAAAUGGAAACAAUCUGACAGGAAAGCUCCAAUUUUCUGAGUGGUUUUACAGGAAAAUGGGUAGGCGUUUCAGGGCUUGGAAUAAUCCAAAUCUGUGUUUCCCUAUUGGGUUACUCUCUAAAGGCUAUGUUCCUUAUGGGGUUAAAUCAUGCCAACAAGAGGUCACGUUGCUUGAACCCAAUUCAGAUUCCAAGUUGUACAGUGGCAAAUUGAACCAGAGUUCCCAUUACAUGGUCUCUUUGGGAUUCUCAAGCUGUGGCAUUUAUGGGUUCUGGUGGAUUCUGGUUCAGAUAUUUAUGAUGGUCCUACUCUUGGGUAGCUUCCAAUUGGCCCUUGUUGAGUAGAUAGCAUAGAGACAAGAGAGCAACUCAUGCAACAUUAGAUGACCUUCCAUUCUCUUUAUCUGGUUGUCAACUAACAAGAAGCUAAUUGCUUGUGUCUUUUAUACAAAUCUCUCGUAUGCAAUGUAGGUUGAGAUCUGUUUAAUGAAUUACAUUCCCUCUGAUCUCUCCAACC